CAAACCUUUUGGUUUUGCUACUUCCGUCCUCAAACUUCUUCGCGGCCACUUCUCUAAUAACCCCGCCGUUGGAUUCCUCUUCGUUCCCGGCUCGUAUUCCUUCCUCCCCGCCUCUCUCUCUCUCUCUCUCUCCGGCGACGAUCUGAUCUGGCUUCCGCCGGUUAGAAGAGAAACUGUAUACGGAAACUCAAGGAGCUUGGUGACGAAGAAGUGGCGAGAGGAUCUCGAGAUAUACUGUAAAGCUUCAGAAAGCAACCUGUAGUUUUCUUAAUCGAAGUGGCGAUCUGUCCAAUUCCCUCGCACUUAGGGAUCCUCUCUCAAGCUGCCUCGAAUCGAGAAUUCCCGGUGGAAUUUGAUAGAUAAAGCAAUGGCGAAAAUUAGGGAUAGGAACGAGGAUUUCAAAGAUGCCGUGAGGCACGCGGCCGUCUCCGCGGGAUACGACGAGUCGAAAUUGGCAGCAAUUAUGGCGUCUUUCAUCAUUCACAAGCCCAAGCAAUCGUCGCCUUUCACCAGAGCUGCAUUAAAAACGUUGGAAAGCAUUGGAGCUCUUGAACAGUUCAUGUUGAAGCAUAGGAAGGAUUACAUGGAUAUGCACCGAACCACCGAGCAGGAACGAGACAGCAUCGAACAAGAGGUUGCUGAGUUUGUCAAAGCAUGCAAAGAACAAAUUGACAUACUUAAGAAUAGCAUAAGCAAUGAAGACACGAAUGCCAAAGGGUGGCUUGGUAUUAGGGCUGACAGCUCCAAUGCCGAUACAAUAGCACACAAGCAUGGUGUGGUUUUGAUUUUGAGUGAGAAACUUCAUGCUGUUACAUCAGAAUUUGAUAAGUUAAGGGCGAUACGUUUCCAAGAUGCUAUUAACAAAAGGAUCCCGAGAAGAAAGCAAAAGCGGGUUGUAAAUCCAAGCUCUACCGUUGCAUCUGGAAUACUAGAUCAGCCGGAACUAAAAGAGACUGAUGAAACUCAGUUGGAGCGUCCUAGACUUCAGCAACAAUUGUUGGAUGACGAAACUCGUGCACUUCAAGUGGAGUUGACUAAUCUCUUAGAUGCAGUUCAACAAACCGAAACCAAGAUGGUGGAAAUGUCUGCAUUGAAUCAUCUCAUGUCAACCCAUGUUCUGCAGCAAGCACAGCAGAUAGAACAUCUGUAUGAUCAGGCAGUUGAAGCUACGAAGAACGUCGAACUCGGAAACAAGGAGCUGUCACAAGCCAUACAGAGGAAUAGCAGCAGCAGGACAUUUCUUGUGCUUUUUCUAUUUGUACUUACAUUUUCAAUCCUUUUUCUUGAUUGGUACAGCUGAAUGUAAGAUAGGCCUUAGCUUGAUCAGUUUAUGCCAAAUCCAAGUCUCCCUAGGGGCUAGAGGAGCCUGUGAAGAUCGAGAUCUUUGUUUUCUUGAACGAUACUAUACAAUUGGUUCAGAAUUACAUGUAACAAAAUUUAUCUCCAGCACCAGCAGCAACUCAAGCUGGCUUACUCAUAUAUUAUGAUGUGUUUAUGCAUUGAAAUACAAAAGAACAGUUCAAUUGAAGUCACUGUAACUGGAAACAGAGCUUGACGCUUCUCCAUUGUCAUGAAAAUGAUUGCCUUUCGAUGUUCUCGUCUUCCCGGGAGGUGACUUCUUAUAAAAGCUACAGAGCAGGGAUGCAUAGGUGAGCUCAGAACGAAUGACCACAGUACUGGUGAGUCAUAUAUGUCUCUUCAAUCCUAGAGCAUUUUGUUCGACGGAUUAAAGAGACGCGAUUCAGAUCGAGAUUAAUGAAAAUUAAUUAACUCAGGAGAAUAAUAAUUAAGGCAACAAAAACAAAUCAACCUUACUGCAUUUUUCUGCAUACAGACAGACAAAAAGACAUUCCUCACUGACAGUACAACCCAGAAACUUGCACACAGCUAACUGAGACCAUUUCCCUUUCUACUUUUCCUGUAACCUUGUAUCAAAUAGGUGCUCCCUCCCUCCAAUCCCUCCACCAAAUAACUAAUGCCAACACAUCUUCCCACAGAAUUACAGACAUCAAUUGAUAAGAGCAUUAGCACACAGACACAGCCUGAUCUUGCUCAAUAAAAUUAGACAAGGCAAUGAAUUACGCCACAGCAAUGUAGAUAAAAAGCAUUACCUACCACCCUGAUCUCCCUUACUACUCUUUCCCUCCUGACGAGGACAUCUCGAACACCGACUGAACAGGGUACCUGUCGAUACAAUCGUCCCACGGAUUAGUGACCGAGGGCUUGACAUUCCUUGUGGCUUCCCAGACCGCGCUGUUGCACUUGAACCCGCUCCCGAACGCAAUCUGCCACACCCGGUUCCCCUUCCUCAUCCUCCCCUUUGCCUCGGUGUACGCCAGCUCAUACCAGAUCGAGCUGGACGAUGUGUUCCCGAACCGGUGGAGUGUCAUCCUCGACGCCUCCACGUGUUCGGGGAGAAGCUGCAGGUUCUUCUCGAGCUCGUCGAUCACAGCUCUGCCUCCGGCGUGGAUGCAGAAGUGAUCGAACGCCAGCUUGAAAUCGGGGAUGUAAGGCUUCAACUUCUUGCCACUGAACAGCGUCUUCUUGGCAAUGAGCGUCACGAAGAAGAGCAGCUGCUCGCUUAUGGGGAGGACGAGGGGUCCUAGCGUCGUGAUGUUCGUCUUCAGGGCCUCGCCUGCAAUCGCCAUGAGAUCUUUCGAGAGAGAGACCCCGGUCUUCCCUGCAUCAUCCUGCUCCUGAUACACACACUUGAACGCCUUGUCGUCAGCUCCCUUGUGUGUCCUAACCACAUGAACAAGCUUGUACUUGGACCUUCUCCUGUCCUUGGACUUGUUGGAUAGCAAAAUCGCAGCACCCCCUACUCUGAAGAGGCAAUUGGGGAUCAACAUCGACUUCUUGUUCCCAAAGUACCAGUUCUGAGUAAUAUUCUCUGUGCUCACCACUACAGCAUAAGUGUUCCUGUGAACUUGCAGCAAAUCUUUUGCCAGACCCACUGAGAUAACCCCAGCGCUGCAUCCCAUCCCACCUAGGUUAUAGCUUAGAAUGUUGCCUCUAAGCUUGUACUUGUUCACAAUCAUGGCGGAAAGGGAAGGAGUGGGAUUAAACAAGCUGCAAUUCACUACCAGGAUGCCAAUAUCUUUGGGCUUAACGUUAGUGUUGGCAAAGAGAUUGUCCAGAGCACCAAACAUCACCUGUUCAGCUUCUUCCCUGGCCGCCUGCAUCGACGGCCGAGGAGGGAUGAAGUGCAUAGCCUCAGGAACGUAGGUUUCCUCGCCGAGGCCGGACCUCUCUAAGAUCUUGCGCUGGAACUCCAACGACGACUCGUCGAAGUCCCCCGUCAGCCGCGAAUGCUCCAUGAAUUGGGUGUAUCUGACCUGGAGCUCCGCCGGGGGCUUGUAGCAGGCGUAGUCGACGAGGAAAACGGAUCUGGGUCGGGUCAUGACGUAGACGGUGAUCCCGAAGACGAGGAAAGUGGAGCAGACGAUGACGCUGACGAGAUUGUACUGGAGGUGGAGCCAGAGCUGGCGGAUGUCGUCGGGGUUCAAUUGGGUAGCUUCGAUCACGAUCACCGCCAUCAAUGGGAUCAAACAGAGGGUCAGUAGAUGGCUCACCAGGUAGUGGUAGCCCAGCUUCACAUGCUUCAGAUUCACGCUCUGUAGGAAAUCCGGCAGCCGGGUCCUCGAUUGGGGAUGGAUCUGGAUCCCACCGACUCCACCGCCGACGCCACCGACCGGCGUUGCGCUAGCGGUGGCGGAUUCACCACUCAUUGCUACUAAAGCACUAAUCACACAGCCAAAUCGAACUUUCGCCUUCUGGGUAUUUCCGAUAUCAAAAAGCGAACCCACCCAAUUAAAAUAUAGCGAGGGAGAGUGACAAUGGAAAGUGGGUAAUCGUCCACGGAUCUGAAACAGGAAACCGGCGAGAAAUCUGAUGGAGGAAGAGGGGAAGAAGAAAGAAAACUUGGCUGGGUAUACAACUACUACAGCGAAGAGACUAACAGGAAGCUGACACAAUUGAAUACCCACGUAAAUUUCUUAUCCGUAUAUAUAAGAAACUGAGAGGGAGCGGGUUUGGUUAUAACUGGGAAGAACGGCGAUGGCGACAGGAACAGAAAUAACAGAGUGACGAGUGGGGGAGGAAAGAUGACAGAUGAGAGAUGGGGAAACGGCAGAUUUGGGGGUUUUAAUUAGGGGUUUGUUUGGAAUUAUAGUUAA